CCAUUCCAAGCACUGUUGCGAUAAUACGAAGCACUGAGACAUUGCUCCUAACGAAGGCGUCUGGAAUGGUAUUAUUUACAAACAACGUAAAGUGCUUCAAAUCAUCCCAUCAAGGCGUGACAACUGGUACAGUGCGCCGCACACUGGAAUUCCAACAAAGAACUGGAGCAAUAUCAGUUGCAGAGAUUGUCCCGCCUGAGGAACCGACUGAGGACGAUCCCGAAGACAAAGAAUACACACUGCAGACCACAGAGGCGACAGCACAAGAAAAUACCGACGAGAUGGAGACGUGCAUUUGGUGUCCGGAGCUCCGUCCUUCAGAAGCACCUAUUGAGCCUCUGCAGAAGAGUAUUGGUGGGAGCAUUAAUUCUCGAAGCUUGGUCGAGACUAGGCCUGAAACGGCACCUCGGUCCAUGCGGCAGUGGGUGAAGGGGAGAAGCGACUUGAUUCUACUAAACACAACGUUCACAGAGUGGAAGAAAAAGAAACAUCAGCUUGCUUUGAGAGUGGUUGUUAGAGAUGGAAGGUACAUCCUCCGGCUAAAUGAGCACAGUGAGAGCUCAAUCUUUUUCUAACGCUUUGUAUUAUUUGCGUUGGGUUUUUACAAUUUUUU